AUGUGGAGUAGUACUAUAUCGCCAACAAACUCUAAGAAACUGUUGAUCGGAAGCACACGAAGCGUUGAUUAUGUCGGUGAUUGUACGAGGACAGCAGCAGGCAAUAUCAAAACAGGAGCAGCAGCAGCCGCAGGAGCCAAAGGAUCAAAAGCCAAAGCCACCGCCAUCGCAGCCACAACCCCCACAACCAAGAUCUCAAUUGAAAUGGAGCUCCACAUACAGAAUAAGUGCAUCUCGGCAUAGCGCAUCACUCUGGAGGGUGGUGCGGAGCCGCCAUGGCUGCAGGGCCCCCUUAAGGCCGCGUUUUUGGGGGCUACUGGGGUCGGCAAAACAAGCAUACUACAGCAAUUUUUCUACCAUGACUUUCCCAGGACACAUCAGACGACCACGCAUCGUAAGAUUUACAAAAACUGUUUGGUCUGCGACACCUGCAUACGUGAGCUGAUGGUACUGGACGUUCCUCCCCAGAAGCGAUUUCCGGCUGACAACUUCGCUGAGUGGAACAAUGGACAUCCGCUGGGGCUGCGAACGGUGCACGCCUAUGUCUUGGUCUACGACAUGGGCAACUUGGAUACCUUUCAAUACUGCCGCUCGAUGAGAGAUCAGAUCUUGGACAGUUUCAGUCAUCGUGAUUUUAGCAUAAUUGUGGUCGGCAAUAAAUUUGACAAUGUGACUGUGGCGCAGGCCAACUCGCAGGAGCUCAAGGAUAUUUCCACGCUGGUGCGCAAACAUUGGCGUUGCGGCUACAUCGAGUGCUCGGCGCAAUAUAACUACAAAAUCGGAGACGUUUUCCGUGAGCUGAUGGGCUGCACCAGCGCGGGAGGAGGAGGCGGCGCCGGCGGAGGCAUGGCCGGGGUCGGUGGCCUGGUUGGCACUGAGUACUCACAAUCAACUAGAAAUAAAGGACGCUGUACAAUACUGUAGCAAAAGUUGCAUAAGUUUUAUAAGCAAACGCGCUGAUCUGGCGCAUUACAUCCAAGUGAAUUCGUUGCGAGCUGCCGCAGCUGGGACACGGUGGCGUAUACGCAAUCUCCAGGGAGGAAGCACAAAGACGAAAUUGUUGCCCGUUGCCAGCGCUUGCUGAUGCAUAUUUUACCAUAUAUUUUUAAUGGCCACACUCCGCACAGCUUCUUCUUUGUUUGCUAUUAUUACAACAUUUUUCUGGCUGUUUCCAUGAACGCUUUUGGUGUGCUCAUUUUAAUGGCAAUGCCACACGGAGACACGUUUGGUCAGCACCCAGAUCCCGAUCCUGACGACAGCUUUUGUGCGUCCGCAUUUGCAAUUCAAUGCUGCUAGCUGGCAGGAAGUGCAGUGGCCAUGAAUAUGCAGCGAUAUCCGCAAACGGCAGCCACAAUUGCCUUCAAAAGUUUUAUUCCUUUGCGGCUAUUAUCAUCAUUGGCGUUAUUACUUCUGUCGUGGAUCGUAAGUAGGUAAUUAAUCCCACCAUAAUUUACAAUACGUUUCAUGUAAGAACGAAUAACCUUGUUAUAAAGCGAACUAAAGACGUAUAGGAACUAAAGUAGUCGACCUAAGCUAUACACAUAUACUUAAACAUAUAUGUAUACAUUAACGUUGUGAUCAUUUCAAGAAUUAGUUCUUAAGGUACACCGACCCAGAACGCCGGCUUAUGUCAAGUAAAUUCAAGUAUCCGAAACGGGAUUACCAGAAAUAUUUAGCUAUAGGACUACAUACGAUUAAGAGCAAUUUAAUAAAUAUCCCUAAGUGUUUGAAAAGCGAUUGAAGGCGGUAAAAUCAACCAGUUAUAAUCAUCCCAUGAAAAUCCUCAACAGGCCUUUUCCAUAAUCCAUACAUGUUUUCUGCGCACAAGAGCAAUUGGACAACCUUCGAAAAUUACUUGAAAUUAUUUUCAAUCCGAAUCUGGCAUCAAUAUAAUGCAAUAUCCCUUAAGCCAAAUAUCACCACAAAUCAUUGUGUUUACAGAUAAUUAAAAAAUCAUAUCUAUAAUUUGUCUAUGUUUCGACAUCGAGAGGCCGUGAUCCAGAAGCCUUAAGAAUAGAGAAGCAAAUAUGUACUUCAUAAAACACCUUAGAGUAAAGUAAGAAUACAACUUGAUCAAAGCGCACAAAAAACGAGGAUUGUGUUACCAUCGCAUUCUCGAAGUUGUCACACUGCAGAUCAAUGAUCGAAAGCAACAUUUGGGUAGAGUAGUAUCAAUUUGACCGAUCUAUUAGGAAGGUAUUGAGACACCCUACCGUACUAUCCACAGGCGAUAGUCAAGUUAAUAAGGUUCUGUGCUGAUCUACGAAACACGUACAUACCAUUCUGAUCUCUUUCGUUACCUCAAGAAAACAACUUAAACUACUCAAAAGAAAAGCAAUCAAGGCUGACUUUGUACAUAGGGAUUUCAAUGAAAGAACUUGGCGAAAAGCUAUGGAAACCGACUUUUACAGCAAUAUAAGUAAGCUCUAACUGAUGCAAGGUACAUAAAUGGGCGCACUGCCAAGAUUGGUUCCACUCUUAGUUGAGUGCUCGGCUUAGAUUCUGGGAAUAGCUGAGGUAACAAGUAUCUUAAAACAAUUUUACGACAUUACUAUAUUUCAAUGUUAAGCAAUGCAAAGUCAAUAAUAAUACAAGGGGACUAGCCCAUUAUUGUUAUAUACAUUAUUAUUAUACAUUUGUCGGAUUUAAGUUCGAAGGGGUAAGAUUUCAAAGAUGCUUCGUUUUAGGAUUUCAUUAUGCAAAUUUUUAGAGUGUAGCUUUAAGUUCGAAGGGGUAAGAUUUCAAAGAUGCUUCGUUUUAGGAUUUCAUUAUGCAAAUUUUUAGAGUGUAGCUUUUCAUACAUGCUUAUUUUAUAUAUUAACAACGUACAAAAAUAGGUACACAUAACCAGUUGUCUACUACUCCUACAUAAAUAAUGUGUUUUGCGUCAACAUCGGAAUCUCAUACGAUUACAAAAAUAUAAAUUAUAUCUCGUUUAAUGAAAAAUAUAAUUUCCUUGAUAAUAGUUUUAGUAUUCCCAUUUUUGUAUAUUUUUUGUGGCACUUGCAAGUCAACAUAUAUCUUAAAUAUUUUUGUUAUUUUUGGAAUAUAACAAAAAAAUUAACUUUUUUACAACAAUCAUUUGGAUGAUUCUGGUGCAAGGAUGUUCACCGACUUCAGAAAUAUCACUAAAGCGCGGACAUCCUUUUAAAAACUCUGCUGCUGGAGUUUGCUUAAACUGCUGUAGCUUUGUUAAUUUUACACAAUAUUCUUGAAAAUUAAAUAAAAUUAAAAAACCUUACCCCCUCUUUAAUAAAGGAAGAGCUGUCUAAUGAUAUUAGCAGCCUCAAAACAGGGAAUUUUCAACCUGUACCGAUUACCGAACUGAAACCAACUUGAGAAAUGAUGAUAUGCCUCUAUCCAAACUCUAUGAAAACCCAUUCCAAAUUUCCAUUACUCUUCGCAUGUAAGCAACUAAAAUCCCGAAAUAGACAUACUUAUAUAACAUACCCAUAUAUACACAUAUUUAAAUGUAACGAUAAUUGUACUAGUUUGGUUCAGGUUUUACCUUGGUUUCCAACUUUACGGAUUCGUCAAAAUGGCUGUUAAUUUUUGAGAAAUAAAAUACUAGCGCAAAACAGUUGAGAGAGUUAUAAAAUGGUUAAGCAAGGACAAUUGUUGAAUUAUUUACAUUCAAGCAACGCAAAGCCCGUGGCAAUUUAAAAACAGGAGAAUGUAGUGUAGCAAAUGAAAUAAAAUAUAUACUACAAAUCAAAUGCUUCAACUGCUUGUUGUUUGUUCAUGCCAUUCAAACGUAACUAAACUUAAGUGAAGUCGCUAGGUUUAGAUAAGUAUUACUAACGGCGUAAGGCGCUCAUGAUCUCUAUUAUUUUUUUUAUAAUAAAAGGCAUGACGCAGAUGCAAGUAGACAAAAAUUGUUAAUUGGACAGAGUAGCAAGAGAAACGCACCGAACAAAAUGUUAAAGCAAUCGAUUAUAAAAUGCCGCCGGAAACGGAAGGUGACAAAUUGUACUUAGUGUAGAACGCAGAGCGAUGGUGUAUGU